CUAAUAUUAGCGUUUGCCAACACAAUGGCCCUACAAAACGACAUCUACGAGUGGAGUCGAGACCAUAGGGUUCACCACAAAUACAGUGAGACCAACGCCGACCCCCACAACGCCAACCGGGGCUUCUUCUUCUCACACAUGGGUUGGCUUUUGCUUAAGAAACACAAAGACGUCAGACAUAAAGGUGCCAGUGUGGACAUGUCGGACGUGUGGGCCGAUCCAAUCGUGCGAUUCCAGCGCCGCUUUUACGUACCCCUAAUAAUCCUGAUUUGGGGUUUAAUACCGACUCUCGUGCCAUACUAUGUAUGGGGCGAACAAAUGUGGUUUUCAUUCCUGGGUUGUGUGUGCUUUCGGUACGUGUAUGUCCUGCACUGCACGUGGCUCGUCAACAGUCUCGCUCAUUUACAGGGCCACCGGCCCUACGAUCGCCACAUUGGACCUAGGGAGAAUAACUCGGUCAUUUAUUUUGCUUUUGGCGAAGGUAUGUAUGCUUUUUGUUUUGCUAAUCAUUUAAAUUAA